CUUGCUUCGAUAAAUUGCUUCCAGGUUUUGACACUUCAGAAGAAAUGAUACGCUUCGCACGUCAAAACAACGCCGCUGCCAAUAUCACAUACUGCAUGGGGGACGCACAGACCUUUGGAGACUACCCCGAGUGGCAGGAAAGGUUUGACAAAGCUGUCAGUUUUUUUGUUCUUCACUGGUGUCCGGACCACGCCAAGGCACUCAGGAGCAUCCUGGCCUGCCUCAAGCCAGGGGGCGAGGUGCUGCUUAUCGUGGCCAACAAAGCCACCUUUUUCACUGAUGCGAAUCAGUUCAUCCGCAGUCACGUGAAGUGGGGUGACUACGUCAAGGAUGUGACGGACUUUAGCAAUGUGUAUCACUUCUGGGAACGAUCCAUCCCUGACACGGAGAUGCUGCUAAAGGAGUGUGGUUGGACAAACAUCCAAUGCGAAUACCAGGAAGCUCCAUCGUUGACAGAGAUGCAACAAAAAUUAUUCAUGAAAACUCUUGUGGCGAUUAUUCAAUACAUACCAGAGGCGGAACACAAGGCGUUUCUGCAGGACUUGUGGCUGUGGGCGUUGUCUCGAUUUGAAGACAAAUCCAUAACAAGCCGUGUAUUGUAUCCAGGUGGAUUCACUGUUGUGCAUGCCUGCAAAGGGCCCAAGGAUACAUAAUUAAUAAAAGACUCUUGUGACGUCACUCCCCAGCUCCGUGUCGUUACACUGAGAGCAUCUGAUAACUUCAACCUAGUACAUUUUUGCAGCUAACUAUACAUAGAAAUUCUUUCCAACUAGUGAGGUAAUGAAGACAGUGUGCGCACCAUGACUCAGUGAUGGGUGCCGACUGUAUCAUGUCUGCAUGUACAAUGUAUGUGACUUAAUAGGGAUGCAUUGUGAUUAGGAAAAAGUAGUUGUGCACCCAGCCGAAGUGUUACUCAAUUAAAAGCUUGGGCCAGGAGUAUACCUUUUACGUACUUGCAGAUGUACAUGUACAGCUAGCCAACGGCUCAAAAUAUCAGCAAAACCUUUCUUUCUGUUGUACAAUAUGAACCUCCCUAUUUCCAAUCAAAGAAUCUCCACUUUUUCGUUUUUCAUUAACAGAACUUAUGAAUUAUGAAGGCGCUUCUAGAUUUAACCUACACCCAAAGGCAACAACGAUGCUAGAAGAAUCUUGAAUAAGUCACUUGUACAAUGUAUUGUACUGUCAGUUUUAAAAAGAAAGAGGCACAAUUUUAGAAUUGAAUAUUUCAGGUGUUCUUUUGUCACUCCUUGCAAGGACACCCAAAAUUGGUCAUUUGCUUUUCCACUGUCUGGAUAUCAGACUUAG